CAAGCUCUUGUCGUCCAACAGCUGGAUUAAAUGUCCAUACGCCUUUUCAUUUCUCUCGGCACAAUAGACACUCCCUACCAACAGGUGGCGGAGAUGUACCGUUUCCUCGUUUGACAACUGCCAAAUAAAACAGAGGAAGAAGAACAGCCAAACAACGACUGCAAGGCCAACGGGAUCCUCGGGGCUUCCUGCGGAGGCUAAACCUAUUCUCGUCGACGAGACACCGGGUGUCUUUGCCCGUUACCUUUGGCAGCUGGAGCUUCGGGAAGUCAAAGUCCCUUGGGAACUAUGGAGGCUCCUCCAGUCACCGUGAUGCCCGUGACCGGCGGCACCAUCAACAUGAUGGAGUAUCUCUUACAAGGAAGUGUGUUGGACCAGGCCCUGGAAAGCCUUUUGCAUCGCCUGCGCGGCCUUUGUGACAACGUGGAACCUUCCACCUUCACCGACCACGAGCUGGUUUACCUGCUGAAAGGCCAGCAAGGUAACCCUUUCAUCCUGCGCGCUCGCCGCUCACUGUCCCAGCCGGCAGCGCCGUGGCACCUGCGCUACCUGGGCCAGCCGGAGGUGGGCGACAAGAGCCGCCACGCGCUGGUGCGCAACUGCGUGGACGUGGCCGCCUCUCACAGCUUGCCUGAGUUCCUCAACGAGAUGGGCUUCCGCAUGGACCACGAGUUUGUGGCCAACGGGCAUGUCUUCCGCAAAGGCGCCAUGAAAGUAGCGGUCAGCAAGCUAUCGCGAAUCCUGGUGCCCGGCAACACGGACAACACGGAGCGCCUGUCGCUGUCUUACUUGGUGGAGCUGAGCGUGCUGGCGCCCGCCGGCCAAGACACGGUGUCAGAGGACAUGCGCACUUUUGCCGAGCAGCUCAAACCUCUGGUUCACCUGGAGAAGAUUGACCCCAGCAAACAGAGACAUUGAAGCGCCUCGCCAGUUGACACCCACACGUGAAAUCUCGUGUUUAUUUUCCCCCUCUCAGCCACACGCAGUGCGCCUUGGGGUGGACAGGACGACAUGUUGCUUCAUUUUGGGAGCCUCUGCCUACCCACAACAAACGAUGGAUGCUUUGCUGCUGCCAAACAUUUUACUCAAGUAGCUUUGCACAUCAAAACAAUUUUGGGCUCACUUGCAGUGUGAGCAGCAGUUUUCCAAACGGUGACAGUUUGGAGUUUCCCGACCCUGAUUAAGUCAAAGCGCCCACUUUAAAUAAAU